UGCUAUUAAUGCGGAAAUUACUAUGAAUGGCUACAGCAAUACCGAUAUUUGCGUGUUUUUGUUGUUUUUUUAAGUGUUUAGAUAUAUAAUAUAGAAGCAGUGUGUUAUAUACCAAGACACGUGGCUUUGUAAUAUGUUGUUUGACAACGCGUCCCUCUGAAAUGGGAUGUUAUGUCGUUAUAAACUGUGCAGGAAGCGUCAUGUCGGUUGCUAGCUAGCCUUACUAACUUAACGUUAACUUACUCGUCCCUUAAAGUGUCCGUUAACCAGCAAAAUGAAAGUACGCUCGUCUGUUUUCGCCUCGUUUAUUUUAAUACUUGAAGUGAUUGGCGUUGCCCUCUUCCUGCGGGGAUUUUUCCCUGUGCCUGUCAAGUCGUCUCUGUCAUCCAAGAGCAAGCUGUCAGAUCUGCCAGCGGAGCCGCUGACAGGGAGCUCUCCCAACUCCUCUCGCCUCCCCCAACCCCUUUUUAAAAGGGUGGUUAUAAUGUUAGUGGACGCCCUGCGGGAGGACUUUGUGUUUGGACCCAAUGGUCGCAUGUAUAUGCCCUACACAAGACACCUGGUGGAAAGAGGCUCAUCGCACAGCUUUGUGGCCAAGGCAAGACCUCCGACUGUCACCAUGCCCAGGAUCAAGGCUCUUACCACUGGCAGUAUCCCAGGCUUCAUUGAUGUGGUAAUGAACCUGAAUUCUCCUGCACUGCUGGAAGACAACCUCAUUUGGCAGGCCAAAACAGCAGGGAAGCGGAUAGUCUUCUACGGAGAUGACACCUGGGUGCGCCUCUUCCCCAAACACUUCAUGGAGUACGAUGGCACAACAUCCUUCUUUGUGUCUGACUACACUGAGGUUGACAACAAUGUGACCCGUCACUUGGAUAGCACCCUUAAGAGAGAUGACUGGGACAUUUUGAUCCUCCACUACCUAGGCCUCGACCACAUUGGUCAUAUCAGCGGACCCCACAGUUCCCUCAUUCAGCCCAAACUGCUGGAGAUGGAUGACAUCCUGAAGAAGAUUCACAGUGCCCUUAUUUCAAAGGAGGCAGAUGGAUCCUUGCCCUACCUGCUGGUGCUGUGUGGCGACCACGGCAUGUCAGAGACUGGCAGCCACGGAGGCUCCUCGGAGCCAGAAGUUAACACACCCCUGGUGCUCGUAAGUCCAACCUUCAAAAGAAAAGUGGAAAUGGAGAAGCCUGGAGUGGUGGAGCAAGUUGACCUGACUCCGACCCUGGCCCUGGGACUCGGCCUGCCCAUUUCUCAAAACAGCGUGGGCCGUGUCAUCCCGGGUGUUUUGGAAGCAACCUCGCUCCGAGACCAGCUGCGCUUCCUGCAUCUCAAUGGCCACCAGCUCAGCUGCCUGCUCAAAGACAGCAUGCCCAGCUACGAGAAAGAGGCAGGCUUUGAGCAGUUCCGUGUGGCAGAAAAGGCUCAUGGCAGCUGGAUGAAGCUCUACCUGGAGGGCAACACCUCUGAGGUGCUGACCAACAUGGGCAAAAAGGUCCUGAAGCAGUAUCUAGAGGCCCUGGCUGCCAUUAGCUCGGCCCUCAGCAAACAGCUGGGCAAGUACGACAUGUACUCCAUGAUCGCAGGCAUGGUGUUUGUGUUUCAGCUCCUGUUGGUCUUACUGCUGGCGAUGCCUGAAGCCCUGAGUGGUGAAGCAGCAGUGGACCUCCCAGUCCUCUCAGCCCUGCUCUCCCUGCCUUUCUACCUUUUGUGCCUGCUGCUCGCCUCAGUGCACGUCUUGGUGUGCACAUCUGCUGAGAACUCCUGUUACUUCUGUAGCCUCUCCUGGGGUCUCGUGUUCGUUGCUGUUGCCUUCUCCUCUGCAAUGUUUUGUAUUCUGGUCUCUAUGGCAACACGACGACUCCCGCUGGGAUUAAAGAUUCAUGGGAAGUCUCCAUUGAGGAGCAGUGGCAGUGAGUGGUCGCUGUCAGAGCUGGAUGUUCUGCUGCUGGCCGGCACGGUUGGACACACUGUAAGCUUGGCGGCCAGCAGCUUCGUAGAGGAAGAGCACCAAAUCUGGUACUUUCUGCUCAGCACCCUCUGCCUCGCCGUCUUCCAGGAUGUUUGCCGGAAGUACUUCAGAGAGCAGAAGGGCUCUGUGGAUGAAGAAGAGUAUAUCCUCCCUUCCAAAGACUAUCAUUCCUCUGCUCACCCCAGUUCAGAAUUAUGCUCAGAGAAGUGGCUAGCAUUAGCCACGCCGCCCUUCACUCUGGUCUGCUGCCGGCUGCUGCGCUCCCUCAACCAGACCGGUGUGCAGUGGGCUCAUCUUCCAGAUGUGGGACACUGGCUUAACAGCGCCGAACACAGGAUAGUACUCUCCCUGCUGGCUGCUUUCUGUUUGGUUCUCAUUUACCUCCUGGUUCAAAGACGGUGCUCAUGGGUGUCCAAGGUUGCCCUUGCCCUCGGACUUUUGGGUGUCUACAGCUACCGGGCAGCUGUCGGCAAUGUCUUGUUUCCCUGGCAACACUCUGGUCAAACUAUGUCCAAGGGAACAGUGGAGGCGCGCUUUGUUUACGUCUUCGUUUUGGGCAUCCUCUUCUCGGGCACCAAAGACCUGUUGCGAUCCCAGAUCAUCACAGCAGAUGCCAAGUUGAAGAGCAGGGGCUUAUGGGAGAUUUACAGUGGCUUGGUUUUGUUGGUUUCGAUGUUGUUUCGAGCUCACAACCUGCCAGUGCUUUGCUGCUGCCUGUUGAUCCAGACACUCAUGGCUCAGUUUAUCUGGAAGAAACUCCACUAUGACGCAGCCCAAACCACCAUCAUGCAUUACUGGUUUGGUCAGGCGUUCUUUUACUUUCAGGGCAAUUCCAACAACAUUGCCACCGUCGACAUUUCAGUCGGCUUCGUUGGACUGGAAAGUUAUGUAGAAGCACCUGCCAUCUUCUUAACGGCCCUUAGCACUUACGCAGGGCCCCUGCUCUGGGCAUGUCACCUCAUCUGCUACCUAAGCUCAGAGAGACACAGGAGCUCGGCUGCAGUUGGCCAUGGCUGCUACUGUUUGGCCCUGCUGAGGUCCGUGCCAGCUGCAGCCUACAUUGUGCUGGUAACUGUCCUGCGGUACCAUCUCUUCAUAUGGAGCGUCUUUUCUCCCAAAUUACUGUAUGAGUCCAUGCACCUGCUGCUGACUGCAGGAGUCUGUCUCUUCUUCAACACAAUGGAGCAAAGCCACAGUUCCAGUAAGUCUUAGGGAGCCAAAUACACAUCUUAAGGGGGUCCCUCAAGUUAAAGGGUCGGGCACAGUCUCUAACCACUGUGUGUAAGACUUUCAGACUGAGACACACUAGAAUAUGUUUUCCCACACUCUGUAGGAUACUGAUCUGUUCACAGUAUGUGAAUAGAUGCUUCAGAAAGCGUCCUUCCUCUGGACUCUGCACGUUUGGUUUGCAAAACAAACUUUGAGAAUGCACCUAUAAUGUAUUUUUGAGCAGACUAUUUAAAUAUUUUAUUCUUUCCAAGGAGAAAAUGUUUGCAGAUGAAUAAAAGUGAAAUGACAUAAAGAAGCUUUUUGAAAGAGAA